UUCCCCCCGCGGAGUCUCUCUUGCAGUCUCUUUUCCUCCACUGGUUCUUCGGCGCGGCGCCCUCGGUGGGCUUGGAAGCGCGAGUCGGUGGAACUCCAGCUGUUGCCUCGGCUUGGUUCCUCUCUGCCCGGCGGCAGCUGGCCCAGGGGGGCUCGGGAGUGAGCCCGGUCAUGUUGUCUGCCCGCCGGGGCGGUAGCAGCGGCGGCAGCAGCGCGGCAGACGCGCAGGCGCACCCCCCUCGGAAGCUGCAGUUGCUGAGCUGUGAGCGCCGCGUUGCCACAGUCCGGGCUUCACCAGCCGCUGGAGCGCUACUACCAUGAACUGCCUCGUCCACCAUCCCACAGCUACUCCACGGCACUGGGCGCAAGACACCUUCCGAGCCCCUCCCAGCCGCCCCCGCUGCGACCCCUUGGCUCCAGAGCCCGGCUCUGCAGGCGCAGGAUGCCGGGGGGCAAGAGAGGUCUGGUGGCACCACAGAACACGUUUUUGGAGAACAUCGUCAGGCGCUCCAGUGAAUCAAGUUUCUUACUGGGCAAUGCUCAAAUUGUGGACUGGCCUGUAGUUUAUAGUAAUGACGGAUUCUGUAAACUGUCUGGGUAUCACCGAGCUGACGUCAUGCAGAAAAGCAGCACUUGUAGUUUCAUGUAUGGGGAACUCACAGACAAGAAAACCAUUGAAAAGGUCCGGCAGACAUUUGACAACUACGAGUCGAACUGCUUUGAAAUCCUCUUGUACAAGAAAAACAGAACACCUGUUUGGUUUUACAUGCAAAUUGCACCUAUAAGAAACGAGCAUGACAAAGUGGUUUUAUUCCUGUGCACUUUUAAAGAUAUCACUUUAUUCAAGCAACCCAUUGAAGAUGAAUCAACAAAAGGUAUCUCAUCGUUCCACUCUGGAUCGGGAAAAAGCAAUUCCUCUUGCUGGACCAAGUUUGCACGGUUGACACGAGCUUUGACGAACAGCCGGAGCGUCCUGCAGCAGCUGACUCCUAUGAACAAAGCGGAAGUGGUUCAUAAACACUCGCGGUUAGCCGAAGUUCUCCAGCUGGGCUCUGACAUCCUUCCACAAUAUAAGCAAGAAGCUCCAAAGACGCCGCCACAUAUAAUCUUACACUACUGUGCUUUCAAGACCACCUGGGACUGGGUCAUCUUAAUCCUCACCUUCUACACGGCCAUUAUGGUCCCUUAUAACGUGUCCUUCAAAACAAAGCAGAACAACAUUGCGUGGCUGGUCCUGGAUAGUGUGGUCGAUGUUAUUUUUCUGGUGGACAUUGUUUUGAAUUUCCAUACGACCUUCGUGGGCCCUGGUGGAGAAGUCAUCUCUGACCCCAAGCUCAUCAGGAUGAACUACCUGAAAACGUGGUUUGUGAUAGACCUCUUGUCAUGUUUACCUUAUGACAUCAUCAAUGCCUUUGAGAACGUGGAUGAGGGGAUCAGCAGCCUCUUCAGUUCCUUGAAAGUGGUGCGCCUUCUGCGACUGGGCCGCGUCGCCCGGAAGUUGGACCAUUAUCUGGAAUAUGGUGCCGCAGUGCUGGUACUCUUGGUGUGUGUCUUUGGACUAGUGGCCCACUGGCUAGCUUGCAUAUGGUACAGCAUCGGGGACUACGAGGUUAUUGAUGAGAACACGAAUACCCUUAAAAAGGAUAGCUGGCUCUGUCAACUGGCAGAGAGUAUCGGAACUCCGUAUCGGUACAACACGACUGGAUCAGGGCUGUGGGAAGGAGGACCCAGUAAAGACUCACUUUAUAUAACUUCUCUCUACUUUACCAUGACAAGCCUUACAACGAUAGGAUUUGGAAACAUAGCUCCAACCACUGAUGGAGAGAAGAUCUUUUCGGUGGCAAUGAUGAUGGUUGGAUCUCUCCUUUAUGCAACUAUUUUUGGAAACGUCACUACCAUUUUCCAACAAAUGUAUGCUAACACCAACCGCUACCAUGAGAUGUUGAACAACGUCAGAGACUUCUUAAAGUUAUACCAAGUCCCAAAAGGCCUUAGUGAACGGGUUAUGGAUUAUAUCGUCUCCACGUGGUCAAUGUCUAAGGGGAUCGACACAGAGAAGGUCCUUUCAAUCUGUCCCAAGGACAUGAGAGCAGAUAUCUGCGUGCAUCUCAACCGAAAGGUUUUCAAUGAACAUCCGGCCUUUCGGCUGGCCAGCGAUGGUUGCCUGCGAGCCCUGGCUGUAGAGUUCCAGACAAUUCACUGCGCCCCUGGAGACCUCAUCUACCAUGCCGGCGAAAGCGUCGAUGCCCUCUGCUUUGUCGUCUCUGGAUCCCUAGAAGUCAUCCAGGAUGACGAGGUGGUGGCUAUCUUAGGUAAAGGAGAUGUGUUUGGCGAUAUCUUCUGGAAGGAGACCACACUGGCACACGCAUGCGCGAAUGUACGGGCCCUGACGUACUGUGAUUUGCACAUUAUUAAGCGAGAAGCCUUGCUGAAAGUUCUGGACUUUUAUACAGCUUUUGCAAACUCCUUCUCAAGGAAUCUCACUCUUACCUGCAACUUGAGAAAACGGAUCAUUUUCCGAAAAAUCAGCGAUGUCAAAAAAGAAGAGGAGGAGCGCCUACGCCAGAAGAAUGAAGUGACCUUGAGUAUCCCGGUGGACCACCCAGUGAGAAAACUCUUCCAAAAAUUUAAGCAGCAGAAGGAAAUGCGUAACCAAGGCAACACUAUUGACCCGGAGAGGAACACCCUCCAGGUGGAGACCCGGACCAUGCUGAAUGGGGCCUCCAUCACUGGCACCAGCGUGGUCACCGUGUCUCAGAUCACACCCAUCCAGACCUCACUGUCUUAUGUCAAAACCAACGAGGCCAUCAAACAGAACAACAGGGAUGCUCUGGAGCUCAAGCCACAUGGCAACGGUGAUCAAAAAUGCCUCAAGGUGACCAGCCCCGUGAGGAUGAAAAAUGGGAAUGGGAAGGGUUGGCUUCGGCUCAAGAACAACAUGGCAGGGCAAGAAGAGAAAAAGGAAGACUGGAAUAAUGUCACCAAGGCUGAGUCGAUGGGAUUGUUGUCUGACGACCCGAAGGGUGUCGAUGGGGACAACGGUGUAACUAAAAACCCAUUGCGGAAAACGGACUCUUGCGAUAGUGGGAUCACUAAAAGUGACCUUCGUUUGGACAAAGCUGGAGAGAACCGUAGCCCCCUGGAGCACAGCCCAAUCCAAGCGGAUGCAAAGCACCCAUUUUACCCCAUCCCUGAACAGGCCUUACAAACUACCAUCCAGGAGGUGAAACACGAACUCAAAGAAGACAUCCAGCUGCUAAGCAGUAGGAUGGCUGUCCUGGAGAAGCAGGUGGCAGAGAUUUUAAAGAUACUGUCGGAAAAGAACACAUCAGAGACACCUUCUCCUAAAUCCCAUUUACCUCCUCAGCUACCGUCCCAAAUACCUUGUCAGGAUAUUUUUAGCGUUUCAAGACCAGUGUCACCCGAAUCAGAGAAAGAUGAAGUCCAGUUUUAAUAGAUGCCUAUCUCUCUUUAUAUAUGUAUACUGCAAAAUGCGUGUGCGUGCACACACACACAUGUGCAUUUCUUGUACAUGUAUACUCUUGUAUACGUGUGUGUGUGUGUGCGCAUGUGUGUGUGUGCGUGCACAUGUAUAAAUAUCUAUAAAUAUAUAUAAACAUAUAUAUUUUCACUUGCAUUCAAUAUGACUUGAACACACACAAAAAUGGAUUUUGAUAUGUAAAUAUUGCAUGUCCAGCUGGAUUCUGGCCUGCCAAAGAAAACAGUUAUUAACAUAGAUAUUGCUUGUACAAUAUGCAGUUGACUGCAUGCACACUUUCAAUUUAUUUAUAAUCUCUAUUAUAAAAUAAAAGGAUGGAUUUUGUUUAAAAAAAGCAAAGAAGACAAUGUGCUAUUUAAAGAAUCAGGGAUCGGUCUGCCAAUAUUUUCCAGAUUGUAUUAAUCUCAGAUAUUUUAGUGCACUGACCUUUAAAUUUUGAAAGAAAAUUCUACUACACCAGUUAAAAAGAUACUGGCAAGGUUAGCUGCACCUGGACUCAGAAAUGCAGGCUUGCAGGGAUGGAAUUGCAGUGCUCGCCUCAGUGGAGGGGUUGUAAUGCUUGCCUCAGAAAUGAGGCGUAACAAGCCCUACUUUGGAGGAAGAUGCUCCCCUUAUUUCUGAGCCAAAUCAUUGGUUGCUGAAAAGGGCAACUUGCCCAAUUCAAGUAUAGGAAAAUCUGGGAGACCAGAUGCCAUUUAUUAAAGUGUCAAUUUGCUGAGGGCCAGAUAAUCUGCAAACCGGUGAGAGAUUUGUAUAUGGGGCAGUAUAUAAAUGCAAUAAAUAAAUAAAAUACUGGC